AUAUUAGGGCGACUGUGGCCUGAGGGUGUCAGAAGCUCCUGAGAGACGACGUUGGUUGGACCAGCAGCUUUGCCACAAGAACUCAAGUCUUCACUGUUCCUCAAAGGAAUUGAAUCCAUUUUGUCCUGGUUUAUCUGAUCAGAAUCCUCGUAACAAAAUGGCAAUUGUCCUGAAGAACGCUGAGUUCGUCUUCGCAGCGGACGAGGAGGAGUGUCUUCGCCAGGCUGUUGACAUCUUGAUGGAUGAGCUGUUCGGCGUGAACGUCGAAGUCUACGAUAAGCUGACCGUGUCUGCGCUUGAGACAUAUGUGAUGAACAGGAUUCUGUCUCUGCCUCGAUGGCUCGCAGAGAAAGAGGCUUACUAUUUCCUGUACGACAAGAUCUCUAAAGGCGAGGAAUGCAAAAUGUUGACCGGAGUGAGUCUGCCACAGACGUCAACGAGUACAUCUGCACUUGUUGUUGACUCCGUUGAUUAUCUGGGAUUCACAAAACAGGAAAAGGAGACUGUAUUCAAAAGGGCACGUUCACUGAUGGAUGUGGCGCUGAAGGCAAUCAAAAAACACGUAAGUGCAGCUUCAUUUUUGAAACACUUUUGUGACCAUUGGCAAUAAAUGAAAGAGAGAUGC